AAACAAUGUUGUUCUCUAACAGCCUCACCAAGUUACCAUUUUGGUUGUGAGAUCUCACUCAGAGACCACCUGAGCUUGAAAUUACCAAAUUACCCUCCCCUUUCUACUCUAUUUCUCUCUGCCCGUCCAAAUCCCUUCCUCACCCACAGAGCUAUCUCCCCAUGAUCUAGGGCUUCCUUCUCUUCAAUACCCACUUCACAGAACUGUAAGAUUGUCCAUCUUCUUACUUCAAAACUCAAUCUUUUGUGGUUUUUUUUAACUCUCUCUGCUCUGUUUCUGAUCUUGAAUCCAAAUAUUUAUACGGGUUAGUUUUGGUGGUCUUUUGGAUUUCAUGUUGUACUGGGUUAACUUCAUUUUAAUGGUUCUUGGUUGUUGAUAUAUAUAUAUAUAUAUAUAUCUGAGAUAUGGUGAGUAGAUUAAAUCAGAGUUUACUUGGCUACUUUAAGCCUUGCUAUAAAAGGGGUUGGAAUUUAGGCCACCCAAUUGUUGGAAGCCAUUGCAAGAACUGGGUUUUUCAUUCAUUCAAUGGACUCAUUGUGAUUGGUUCAUUUUUGUGCUUCAUGUUAGCUAUGGCUUAUUGGCAUAUGUAUGUGUUCCCGGGUCCUCCUGCAGCUAUCCCCAUUUAUGAUGUUCCUGAGCGCGCUGAUUCAAAGAGUGAAUGUAACUUUUUUGUUGGAAAAUGGAUUCGUGAUGAGAAUUACCCUUUGUACAAUGCAUCAGAAUGUCCGUUUGCUGAAAGGGGUUUUAAUUGUUUAGCUAAUGGACGAAAAGAUAAUGGGUAUCUUAAAUGGCGGUGGAAGCCCGAGAAUUGUGAUAUUCCGAGGUUUAAUGUACAUGAUGUUUUGGAAAAGCUUCGUGGGAAACGGGUUGUAUUUGUUGGUGAUUCGUUGAGUAGAACUCAAUGGGAGUCUAUGAUAUGUUUGCUCAUGACUGGUGUGGAGGAUAAGAAGAGUGUAUAUGAAGUCAAUGGGAAUAAGAUCAGCAAGCAGAUUAGGCAUUUAAGCAUUCGGUUUACUUCGUUCAGUUUUACUGUUGAGUUUUACCGAUCAGUUUUCUUGGUGCAGCCUGGCUCCGUGCCAAAACGUGCACCAAAGAGGGUUAAAGCAACGCUUAAACUUGAUAUGUUGGAUGAUAUCAGCAAAGAAUGGAUUGAUUCUGAUAUUCUGAUCUUUAAUUCAGGGCAUUGGUGGAAUCCAGGGAAGCUCUUUCAAAUGGGCUGGUAUUUUCAGGUGGGUGGAAAGAUGAAGCUUGGAAUUUCAACAACUGGUGCUUUCAAAACAGCAUUAGCCACUUGGGCAUCUUGGAUCGAGAAUAUGGUCAACACAAAUAAGACACAAGUAUUCUUUCGGACUUUUGAGUCCUCUCAUUGGAGCAGCAGUCGAACCCGACAGAAGUGCAAAGUGACUCGACAACCUUUGUCAAAAAUCAAAGGCAAGGAACAAAGCCCAUUUUCAGACAUUAUACAGAAUGUAGUGAAGAAUUUGUCAGUUCCGGUGACAGUACUGCAUGUUACUCCAAUGGGUGCAUUCCGAAGUGAUGCACAUGUGGGUACAUGGAGUGACAAUCCAUCAGUCCCUGAUUGCAGCCAUUGGUGCUUGCCUGGUGUACCUGACAUGUGGAAUGAAAUUCUUUUCUCAUAUCUGUUUUCAAAGGAGAAGAUUUCCCUUCAAUGAAUAUGGUAACUUGUUAUUCGAAGCAUUUUGUUACCAGAAUUCACGUAGAAAUGCUUUCACUCGAUGCAAUCUGCUCAGCAGGUUGUUUACGCCUUGAAUUUGACCAGUUGGUUGGAUCAUACCCGAUUUAAUCAGCUUUGCUGUGCUUGAUAAUAAUACUCAUUGAUCCUACAUCAGUCGGCGAUUCGUUUGCAACAAUGAUACUGUGUUUUUUAAGCUCAUUUAUAAUUCUUUAUUUGUGAAGUCUUCUUAUUUUAGCACUCUUGUUAAUGAAAAGCAUUCAUAUGUAGUGUAUAGAAGAAGCCUCUAGAUGCAGCAAUGACACUUUGGUGUAAAGGGAAAAGGACAUAACAUGUUGGGCUUUUUCUCUUUGUGGCAAAGAUUUGAUGACAAUUGGUAUUUGCCAAAUUGAAACGACCCGUAUGUUUGUAGACUUUGAAUAAGCAAAUGUCCAAGUCUUCUUAUUUUA